UUCUUCAAAUCGAUUCCUAUUAAGACGAACAAAGAAUCAAUGAGGACGUGCAGCAUUACUCUUCUAGAGUGAGAGCUGAUCCAAAACUACAGCCACAACAAACAUUUUAGAUCUCAUGUUACAGAGAACGUGAAAAGGCUUGACGAAGAAAUGGAUAGCCUUAGCUUGAUUCGAUGUGUCUUUGACAAUGUGGCUUGAAAUGGAAACUUGUGUAUAAAUUUUGGAAAAGCAAAGCUUGUUUUGGCAGUGUUUGGACCAAACAGCUGAAGUGUUGACCGGACAGGCUAAGUCAUACAAAGCUUUCUGAACAAUGGGGCUGAGGCCACAACAAUUUUCUGCACUAACAUGUCUACUCUUUGUGAUCUGCUCUUGUCGUGGUGGAAAUAUCCUGGUGUUCCCUGAGGAUGGUAGCCACUGGGUGAACAUGCAAGUCAUUUUGAGAAAGCUCCAUACCUAUGGGCACAGUCUUACUGUUAUGCGUUCAUCGAAAAGUUGGUACAUCCAAGAGAACUCUUCCAUCUACAGCACAAUUACAAUCAACCCAAAUGAGAUAGAAGGUGUUGGUCCCGAUUUCUUUAUGAAGUUGAUUGAGAGGUCAUUAGCAUUACAGAGGAUGUCAGCCUUUUUUCGUUUCUUUGAACAGCAGAAAGAUAUAGCCAACAUUUUAAAGGUAUUUCACAAUGGAGCACUUCAAAUUGUUUCUGCUAUAUUGGAAGAUGCAGCACUUGUUGAAUGGUUACGCGAGGCUAAGUUUGACCUGAUGCUAACAGACCCCGCCUUUCCUGCUGGAGUCCUGUUAGCCAAAUUUCUCCAUCUUCCCAUGGUAUACAAUGUACGUUGGCUAAAUACAGGGGAAGCUCACAUGGCUAUUGCUCCAUCACCCCCAUCCUAUGUGCCAAUGUAUAAUUCAUUGCUCAGUGACCAAAUGAACUUCCUGCAGAGGACAGAUAAUUUCUUACGGUAUCUGGUGAGCCUCCUUCAGGAACAAUAUGUCAUUCUGCCCAUUUACAGCAAACUGCUUGAGCGUCACUUCCCACCUGGCACAGAUCUACUGUCUAUGCAGCAAUCUGCUGACAUCUGGUUGAUGCGAGUGGACUUUGUUUUUGAUUUUCCACGCCCCACCAUGCCUAAUGUGGUCUACAUGGGCGGCUUUCAAUGUCAACCAGUGCAAGCACUUCUUGUGGAACUUGAAGAUUUCAUGCAAAGCUCUGGGGAGCAUGGAGUAGUGAUCAUGUCCUUGGGAGCGAUGGUUGGUGCACUCCCUACAGAAAUCACUGAGGUCAUUGCUACUGCCUUUGCUGAGAUCCCUCAGAAAGUUGUGUGGAGGUACCACGGCAAGCGACCCUUGUCUUUGGGAAACAACACCUUACUUCUAGAAUGGUUCCCUCAGAAUGAUCUCCUGGGCCAUCCAAAGACUCGCAUGUUCGUAUCUCAUGGAGGUACCAAUGGUAUCUAUGAGGCUAUUUACCAUGGAGUCCCUGUCUUAGCUUUGCCACUUCUCUUUGACCAAUUUGACAAUGUUCUGCGCCUGCAGGUUCGAGGUGCAGCUCGAGUCCUUCAAAUCGCAACACUUACAUCACAAGAAUUCCUUGAAGCUGUCAAAGAGGUAAUUGAGAACACUUUGUAUCGAAACAACAUCCGGAAACUUUCAGAGCUACACCGUGAUCAACCCUUGUCUCCUCUCGAUUGUGCCAUUUUCUGGAUUGAAUAUGUGAUGAGACACAAAGGGGCACCACACCUUCGUUCUGAGGCUACUAAUUUGCCUUGGUACUCCUACCACAACAUAGAUGUGGCGGCAUUUCUGCUGAGCAUCAUGAUGAUUGCUCUGUGGCCCUCACUAUAUGUGUGCAAGCUUUUGUGUUGCAGGAAGUCAAUAAAAAAGAGUAAGAUGGACUGAGCUGAGCUUGAACACAAAUUUACUUUCGCACAAAAUCACACAUUUAAAUAAAUAUGCAAACUUCAAAACUAUAAUAAAAUAUAGAUAGAGAAUGAAGCAUUUUUUAGUUUCCACAUUAUAAUGACAAGCACCACAACCAAUAUUCAAUAUAUUGGCAUCAAUAAAUUGGGUUUUUAGCACAUGAAUGUAAAUACAAUGGCAGAAUAUUUUAGUGUUUAACAAUACAGAAUGUUAUCUUUAUAUUUUUAUAAAACGCAAAUGAGGUAUCAACAAUUACAUUUCAAAUGUUAUGGUUGUGACUACUUUAAACAAAUACACAUGUAUAAUGGACCAUCUUUGCUCUUUUUUCCUACAUUAAAUUCUUACAAACAUAAUGAACUGUACUCAUUACUAUUUGUAGUGUCUUGACCAUCCCCUGUGCACUUGACACAUAAUAUAGAAGCCAGAGAAGUCAAUUCCUGGCCCAGCCUCACUUUGUUUCCUCUUCCACUGUGAAUGUGUUUUAAAUCAUAAAUAAAUGUUUA